UGUUCGAACACAAGUGUUAUGUAAACUUAUACGACCUUAUACAAGAAUUAGGAUUCCGUUUAUAUCAAAGGAACUUAAUAUUGAUACAGAUGAAGUGGAGAGUCUGUUGGUUUCUUGUAUAUUAGAUGGAACAAUACAGGGUCGUAUUGAUCAAGUAGAACAGGUCCUUGUAAUUGAUCAACACAAUGCUGCGCUGUCGUCACGCUACCAUGCCAUUGAUAGGUGGACGGAACAAUUGUCUACGUUACACCUCGCUGUAGCAAACCGAUUGUUCUGAAAGAAAGGGUUGUAAUAUUUAUCCUUAUUUCGACAAUCCUCAAGUGAAUAUGGGAGUGGUGAAACACAAUCGUGAUGGAUUCUAUGCCUUGUCGUGUACUUUAUACAACCAAAAGUUCAGAUCACCAUAUUUAAACCCACACCAAAAGUUACACUAAUUAUAUAUUUAUGGAUAAAUGCCAGGUCACAAAAAUAUAAAUUGUCACAUUUGGUGCUUUCGAUUUCUUAAGCAAUAAAUCAUUUGAAUUCUCAUAAUAUAAACAGAGUUCUUUUGGCUUUGACCAAAAUAUCGUUUUUGUUUUUGAAAAUACAGUAUUUAUACUCUGCGCGGUUCUUGAUUUCAGCAGUAGCCUCUGCUAUUUGCAUACAGUCUGACGUACGCGUAAGCUCCGUUUGUACAGUACAGUUGCCAAAGAGAAAGGCAAGGUAGGUAAGCAACCUGACGGUGCUUGUAUUUUUUCGCUGCCAAGCUUUGUAAGUUAGGGUGUUGGUGUUAAUUUUAGUUCAGCUUUAUGUCAAUCUACAGUGGUAAUUAGAUGACAUCUAACAAGGCUUUCAUGGAAGAAGGCAACGAUUCGGACGUGAAUCGCACGGAAGAGCAUGUUGCCUCAAUAGUUCUACCACAACAAGACAGCUUAGACAGGCGUCGUGGUUUGGUAUCUUUUUUUUCAUCAACAAUUCCAGUGCGACAAGAAACACAAGAUGAACAUGAUCGGUCGGAACAGGCGUUUCGAUCAGAAUCAAACAGAGCAUGUUGUUCUGACACAACUAAUUUUGGAAUGACCAUCUCUGAAGUACCUACAACAGAUACAUGUGAUGAUGAUUGUGAAAAUUCAUUUUGUAAAUCUCCAGAACAUAAUGUUCAUUGGCAAAAACAAGUAGCUGAGUUGCAUGCUGUUGUUGUACGAAGAACUUCAAGACAAUCAGAAAGCUACACAAAUGAUACUGUAGGCCUAGACAUUGAAUUUGUAUCUAAUUUAAAGAAGGGUUCUGAAGGUUCCAUUGUCGGCAAGUAUCGCUAUAAAUCGGGAUUUGGAAUUUGUAGUUCAAACCAACCAGAAUGUAAGCAGGUGGCUGGUAAAAGAAUGAUUAAAGCUUAUUAUCCUGAUUUCCAAAAUGAAGUUGAAAUAGUUGCAAAGUUCAGUGAUCAUGUUAACAUUGCUCGAUAUGAGUCACACUCAUGGGAAAAAGACAGCGUUGUUCUCUUUACUGAACUGUGUGAUUUUUCACUUGAUGCGUUCAUCAGCAAAGAAGCAAAUGUGGAGGUAUCAUGUCAUCAGCCUUCUCCAAAGCAAAUUCUUGAGCAAGCAAUCCAAGGCAUCAAAUACUUACAUGGGCACAGAGUUUUGCAUCGGGACAUAAAGCCAAGCAAUUUUUUAUUCAAAAAGCAUUGUGAGAGUUACGAUAAAAACUGCUAUGUUCUCAAGCUUAUUGACUUUGGCUUAAGCAAAGAACUAGAUGCAGACAGGUCCACAUUUCUUCCUCGGGAUGCUCUUGGCACGAAAAGUUACAUGGCACCAGAACAAUAUGAAAAGGAAGUUAAACUGACCAAAGCAACGGAUAUAUUUUCACUGGGACUGUUGUUUUAUUACGUACUAACAAAUGGAAAACACCCAUUUGGUGAAGAUGAAACUGAUAUUGCAUACAAGAUAAAACAUUAUACAGAGCACCCACCCCUAGAAGCACUGAAUAUUGAGGACAACAUGGAAGAUGAAGUUCUGGCAAGAGAUUUGGUGUUAAGAAUGAUACAAAAGCAUCCUGAAAAUCGACCAACUAUUGAAGAAGUUGAAAUACAUCCUUACUUUUGGAGCGCUCACACAAAGCAAUAUUUUUACAAAGCUGCAAAUGAUGUUGUACAAAAACGUUCCGCUGAUGCAAAAUUUUUGAAAUCCUUGAAUGAAGGAAUAGGGCAAAUGAAUGUAGAGGACCUUAAUCUUCCUGUAAAACUUAAGUUACCGGCUAAAGAUAAAAAAACUGGUGAACAUCAAGAUUCCAAAGGUUACAGCAAUGUACAGGAAUACAUUCCCUUUUUACGAAACCUGCUUGAACAUUGUCGGCCCCAUGAUUCACACCCUCCAGGACUAAAAGAACAAAGAGAAGCCUUGCGUGAAUAUCUUACUGACGAUGUUGAAAUAAGACUACCAAAGCUGACAAAGCCCUACCCACAACUUUUGCAUCAUCUCUAUUACUUACUACACAUAGAGGAGAGUUUCAGAGAUGCAUUUAAAAAAGAUGCCAAAAUUGACCUGCUAAAGGUGAAAUCAAAUGUUCAUGAACCAAAAGUAAAAGCCACAGCAUGAUUUGUGCUUCUAUAUUAUCAUCAAAUGCAAUCGUGACAUUUUGAUCAAAUAUGAGUUUAACUCCAUACUUUUAAAUGAGUUUUUUUUGUGCGGUUUAAAUAUGCAACUAUAAAUUUUUUUCAUUUCUUUUAAAUAUUUAAGAGUUCAAUUGUUUUUUAGCCAUUAUGUACAGUUUGUUAAACUAUUUUUUGUAGGUUUUAUAAUCAUAAUUCCGCUGUUGUUAUUCAUUUUUAAAUAUUAAUGAAUAGUUGCAUAUAAGCAUCCAAGAGCAACAGUUACACUGAAUCUUCUGUUCAUGUACUUGUGAAUUUCAAAUUUAAAACAACUGUAAUAAAUCUGUAGUUUAUUUAUA